CGCUUGUUUAAAUUGCUUUUCUAAUUAAUGCGCUGGGCAAAUAUUUGCCAGUGCAUGUGUUGUAAUAAAAAGAAGCUCCGGGUUCCCGGUUCCUUGUUCUUGGGCUACUUCCAUUCGAUUCCGCCUUUCCGGCGGUCGUGUCGCGCGUGCUAUCUUAUAGAUAGACUCAAUUCUCCGGGUCCGUCAAGUGGUCGAUUGUGUAUAGCUCCUCAGUUUCAGACCAAGUCUCUUUGGCCCACUGCCAUUCUCUUUGGCUGUCAGUUUGAGUCAAGAACAGACGGCUACGUCAUCGCUUGAUUGCGUCAGCAGUCGCUCUUUGCCUUUGGCUUUCAUAUUUUUUCAUUCACUUCUCAGUCUGUUUUGUUUUGCUCAGACAUUCAACAGCCGGUCGCCAUGAGCAGCGAUUUUGAUGUAAAGGACGUGGUGGCGGGAAGUGAUGGUCCACCUUUGCAAGCCUUUCGAAGCAGCAACCCCUUUGACGAGUCCUACGAUAAUUUGUCCUCCCAGCAGGACUUGGAGCGGUAUCGGGAUGCCAAUCUGACGCCGUUGCACAUGCUUCGGAGGGCCAGUGAAACGGUGACCGCCAGCAUCCUGGAGCCCGAAAAGGAGCAUCUCCUGGGCGACAAGCCCCAACCCCCACCACGCAGCCAUGGAACCUCAGUCCAGAGUGCCUCCGAAGCUCAGCGCAGCAGACAACAGCAGCAGCAGCAGCACAACAACAGCAACAGGGUCCUGGCGCCAGGUGACGAUAUGACACAAGGAGCAGCGCCCCAGGACGCGCAAGGCGACAUCCCGGCUCCCCGCCCGCUGCAUACCAAAUUAGACAUACAGAAAAUCCCAGAGGAUGCGGGCGGUGACGCCGCACAAAACGCUGCAACAAUAAUUUUAACGCCGACAUCAUUAAAUUUAACAAAUACAACACAGAAUGUUGCCGGCAACAAUGGGGGAAACUCCAGCAACCCGACCCCGACCCCAACUGCAGCUCAAACUCAAACUCAAACCCAAACUCCUGGCGGAGUCCGUGGCGAGGAGUACAAAGGACCCAAAUGGUGGCUGCAUUUCCUGUCGCAUUGGGUGAAUACUUCUGAGUUGGUGGCCCUGCUGGCCAUUUUCCUGGGCCUUUGGGCCAUGGGCUGGGUUUUGCUGCCAGAAUACUCGCAGCCACAGACGGUCAUCAUGCGCAUUGCAUUCCUGUUCGUGGGCGCCCAGAUCUCUGGAAUCCUGGUGACCUUUGUCAACCUGCCGGAUAUGCUGGGCAUGCUCUUCUUCGGCGUGCUGUAUGCCAAUGUGGGCCUGGCCAAUUUCGAGGGCUAUCAGAAGUUCGAGCUCUUUUUAAGGGAAAGCCUGAUCAACAUCAUGUUGCUGGCUGUGGGCCUGGAUGGCGAGGCCUUUAAGCGGCUGUGGUUCAUGAUACUCCGCCUGACCCUGCUGCCCACCAUUGUGGAGGGCGCCAUCGCCGUACUGGCCUAUCUCACGCUCUCCAUGCCCUGGCUGUGGGGCAUCGCUUUGGGCCUGGUCAUCACCGCCGUCUCCCCCAAUGUGGUCGUCACCGUGAUGCUGAAGCUUAAGGAGGAUCGCCUCGGCCUGAACAGCGGCAUACACACGCUCAUCUACGCCAUGACCACAUGCAACGAUGUGGUGGCCAUCUUCAUGUUCGGCGUGAUAAUCAGCGUAAUAUUCUCAACGACAUCGCUCACGCAGCAAGUGCUGCAGGGUCCCAUUGGCAUCGGGAUUGGACUCGUUUUCGGCUAUCUCUACGGCUCGAUGCUCCAGUACUUGCCGUCGCGCAACGCGACGUACGCAAAUGGGCUCCGUUUCGUCCUUACCGUCUUGGGCGGAACCAUCGCCGUGAUGGGCAGCCGCGUCAUCGGUUAUACGUCGGCAGGAGCUCUGGGUUGUGUAACGACCGCCUUUAUUGCGAGGAUUGGCUGGCGGCGGGAGGAGGCCAGACUGACGCCGCAGCUGCAGGCCCAGCAAAUUGCGAGUGUUCCCAAGCGUCUGGACCUCAUGUGGAAGUUCCUCAAGCCCGUCUCGUUUGCCCUUAUUGGCAAGGAAAUUAAUUUCAACGUGCUGCAGGGCCAUGUAAUCGGUUAUGGCGCAUUGUUGGUGCUCGUCGGAAGUUUGUUUCGCCUGGCUUUUGCAUAUUUAUCCACAUAUGGCGGAAAUCUGUCGAGAAAGGAACGUGCCUACAUUACAAUUUCCGGUUUUCCCAAAGCAACUGUCCAAGCCGCCUUGGGUCCCGUGGCUUUGGACAUGGCACGUGCUGCCAGCGUGGCCAGUGCGGAGCAGCUGGCUCUGGCCAGCAAUGUGCUCAUCAUCUCGGUGCUGGCCAUUAUAUUCACCGCUCCGCUGGGCGCCAUCCUGAUGCUGCGACUGGCGCCCCACUGGCUCAAACGUGGCGAUGCCGUGGAGGCGGUGGCCCCGACCACGCCCACCAUUCCCAACGCCAAUUCCUUCAAGGGUCCUGAGCUGGAGACCUGGAGAUCUGGAGUCGAGUCGACCCCACCAGUCGAAAGUUUUAAUCCAUGCCGUACUUAUACUUACGUGUACUUAGUCGCAUUCGGUAAUACGCAGUUCAAAUAAAAAUAAAUGCGAAAAGUUGCCAACAUA